CGUAAUAUUUAUUGCGACCGGUGAAGCGCUGUCACACGCACAGCUGUGUGUGUUGUUGUGAUUAAAAGAAAAAGAAGAAAACGACUUUCUACAGAAAAUUGCUGCCAAAGUAAUUUAGCGUCGCUACCGGGAUGCACACAUCGGUAAAUGAAAUCCGCUUGUCUGACUCGUCCUUCUUCCUGCGAGUGGACUGGGAGGGUCAGAGCUUGGGUUCAGGCUUCCAGCUUCUGCUGACAGAUGGACAGGACGCAUGGAGAGGAGAGGUAAGCGAGGCAGCAGUGAACAGUGAAGCAGAGGAGCUGGAGAUGCAGAAGGAGAAGUACAUCCAAGACCUCCAGCAGGCUCUGACAGAAGCUGAAAACACCUCCUACAGCUUCAGCUUGACCCCAGAUCCUCCAAACCAUAGCUGCACUGUGUCACUGACGUACGAGAAGAUACAGAAGGACAUCUCUUUCAGGCUGGGCUGCGUCGUUCUGACGGCUGUCACGGAGCCGGUGGAGGCAGUGAGGGAGGUUCUGAUUCACAGUUUACAACGAGGAAACACUCUGCACACGACAAACCACAAAUUGAGAGAGGAGAACCGAAGGCUAUGCCAAGAACACCAACGCAUUGCUGCAAAGUUGAAGCAUUACAUUGAAGGCAAAGAGACCCUGGAAGCAGAGCUCUAUUCUCGUUUUGUCCUGGUCCUCAAUGAGAAGAAAGCAAAGAUCCGCAGUCUGCAGGAAACUCUCACAACCCUGCAGGAAACAAGGAGUUCUGACGGACAGAAGAACAGAAAGUCUGUAAAGUCAGACCAAGCAGCCGGUCUGGAGGAUGAGGCUGAGCAGGAUGAAUACGGAGGCAGCACAGAUGAAGAGCCAGAGGAAGUGCAGCAGUCAACAGCUGCUUCUAAUGAAUCAUUUCAGGUAUCUUCUAGUCCAAGCCCUUUGGGAGAAGGUCUACGAGACAUCACAGAUGUGGCUCCCUGUCGCAAACGCCGCUUUCGCCAUCUGGGUGCUCUAGAGCUCACUGUGAAAAAAACAACUCUGGAGACAGCACAGAGGAAGAGGGCAGACUGCUCAGCAGGAUCCAGUCAGCUCCAGACUCCCCAGAGUGCUGCAGAGCCUGCAUCAGCAGCUUCAGCAGCCGAAGACCUGUUUGAUGAUUUCUGACUUCAAGAAAGUCGUGUCUAUAAAACUGCAACAAUUUUACAUUUAAGGAGUCAAAUUUACAGAUGGCAAGUUGACUGCACUAAAGUUAUUUCUGUGGAAAUAUCAGCAAUGGCUCAGGGACUGAAUGAUAUAUAGUUUUAGUUUUCAUGGCACUAAAGUUUUAAGUAAGAAAAAUCUAAAUGUUUACAAAAGUGACAAUGAAUACAAUUGUGUGUAGGUUUGUGUGUGUUUUUGUGCUCGCAUGUGUUAAAACAAAUACUGAUGAAAGGAAAUAAUGAACUGCAGGUAUGGGAUAACAUUUUGGUUGGAACUUCUUUAAAAAAAACAGCAUUUAAAAUCUGAAAUUGCAAAAUGUCCAAGAUGUUUUAACUCUGUCUUUUUAAUGAACACUUUGUAAGAUUGUGAUUUUAUUUAAUUGUUUGAACAAAUAUUGUGCUUUUUGUAUUUCCAUGAACAGAAAAGUGCAAGUUAAGUUGCUACAUUCCAUUUAUCCUCAACUCUAAACCAUGUUUUAAAACAUUAGUAAAAGUGUAAACGUUUGAAUAAAGAAUUAAAGUUGCUGUA